AUGGCCGAACUUGAAGAAUUCCCCUCGAGUAACAGGAACAAGCGAAAAGCCUCCCCCAGCCCACCACCCUCCAACGCAGAAGCCAAGCGCUCACGUGUCGACGACUUGCCAGACUACCAUGAUGAUUACAGGGGACAUCCUCACCAAGGAGACCCUCUAGGUUAUGACAACCGAUCCCGCAGUCCAUUCCACCAAAGACAUCCCAACUCUUCUUACCCAAGAAGAGACAGCUACCGCCAACCGGCCCCGCUACCGCAGGAACCGCUGGCCCCACCACCAAAAAAGUCAGUCACCCAGGAAGAGCGCAAGCGCGGCCAGAGGCUGUUUGGUGGGAUUUUGGGGACUUUGAGCGGGCAGACGAGGGAAGGUAGUAAUUUGCAUAAACGGAGGCAGGAUAUCGAGCGGAGGCAGCAUGAGAGGGUGCAGAGGCAGGAGGUGGAGGAUGAGAAGCACAGGCGGGAGAGGUUGGAGAGGGGGAGGAGGGAGAGGAUGAUGAAUCAGAUUGAGGUGGAUGAGAAGAGUAUGCAUGCGAGGCAUGAGGAUAGGAUGGAGAGGGCGAGGUGUUUGAUGACGAGGAGUUAUCCGAGGAUUCUCUACCGCCCCUGGGAACUAACGCGGGAACAAUCACGGACGGUGAGCGAUCAGGUCCGUGAUGCGGAAGACAGGAUAGAUAGGGAGUUGGCGGUGUGGAAGAGGGAGAGGGAGAGGAGGUAUCGUGAGUUGGGGGCUCCGGUGCCGGCACCUGUACGUCCUAGGGAGGAUGAUCAUCGUCGAGAACCAGCACAUACCAGAAAGGAAGAUGGCCGUCGGGAAAGAGACAGACCACGGGAACCGGCACCGAUUUCCGAAAACGAUAGCGGCGAUGAUGGCCGUCAGCAGCAGGACAGCCUGCCAAAAGAUACCCAGAUGGAGGUGGAUGACCACCAGCCCAAGAAGAACGAACAGGUUCAAGAGAAGGAGAAGGACAGUGAACAGAAGCGACGAAGCUCGGAUCAGCAUCACGACGAGGUGAUGGUGCAGGAUGCGGAGGAUACAGUUAUUUACUAA